AUGGCGUCGUCCCGACGGUCGUCGCUCUACGGCCUGCUGGUGCUGGCCCUCCUCUGCGGCGGCGCUCUGGCGGCUCCGCCGACGCGCUACCUCUCGGUCAGCCUCGACCGGGUGGUCGGCUCCCAGGCUCGAGCCCAGUGCUAUGAUCCCUCCUCGUUUUCAGGCGAGACUUCUGGCAACAAGUUCACCAUCCAUCCAUCUUGCGGCGCGGGCGAGCAAGCGGGGCGCAAGCGCGACAUCCUCAGCCACGACAGAGCCCGGAUGAGCACCAUCCGCCAAAGGUCUUACCCUUCGGCCAUGCCUCCCAUGUAUUUCCCGCCCCUGCCUCCUAUCAUCAUCCCGGACCACCCGGGCACCUACUUCCCGCCAAGCCCCGCGCCAGGUUCAGCACCAGCAGAUGGCAUGCCUCCGAUGUUACCAGCCGUCGCCUUCCCUCCUAUGUUCUUCCCGCCAAACCCCGCACCAUCAGAGGGGAUGCCUCCUACCCCAGCCGUCGCUUUCCCUCCGAUAUACUUGCCGCCGGCCCUUGCACCAGCGGAGGGGCCAUCCGUCACCAUCCCGGACGUGCCGGGGACCAGCGGCUUCAACAUAACGGAGUUCGUCGUCGUCGUUGGCUUAGGCACGCCGUCUCAACAAUCCGCUCUGAUGUUCGACACCGGCAGCGACCUGUCCUGGGUCCAGUGCCAGCCGUGCACGGGCCACUGUUACCAGCAAAACGACCCGCUCUACGACCCGACCAAGUCCUCCACCUACGACGUCGAGACGCUGACGUUCUCCUCGUCGCGCAAGUUCUCCAGCUUCCCAUUCGGAUGCGGCACGACCAACCUGGGUGACUUUGGCAGCGUCGACGGGCUGCUUGGCCUUGGCCGUGGCCAGCUCUCGCUGGCCUCGCAGACGGCCUCCUCGUUCGACGGCACCUUCUCCUACUGCCUGCCUUCUCACAACAUGACGAGGCCCGGGUUCCUCAGCAUCGGCGCCUCCCCAGACACCGGCAAGGUCCAGUACACGGCGAUGAUCAAGAAGCCGCAGUACCCGUCCUUCUACUUCGUGGAGCUCGUGUCCAUCGACAUCGGUGGCUACGUCCUGCCGGUGCCGCCAUCCGUGUUCACCAGCAAGGGCACCCUACUCGACUCCGGCACCACGUUCACGUACAUCCCCGCGCAGGCCUACACCUUGCUCCGCGACCGGUUCAAGUUCACCAUGAAGGGGUACAAGCCGGCGGCGCCCUUCCAAGACCUCGACACGUGCUAUGACUUCUCUGGCCAAAGCGUGAUCUUCCAACCAGGGAUGUCCUUCAAGUUCAGUGAUGGAGCCGUGUUCGAUAUCGACAUCUUUGGGGUCAUGAUAUACCCUUAUGUAGACCACCCGGCCAUCGGGUGCUUCGCGUUUGCGUCGAGUGAUCCCACGGAUCAGUUCUCCAUCAUCGGCAACACUCAGCAGCGUUCUGCUGAGGUGAUCUACAACGUCGUAGCCGAGAAGAUUGGUUUUGUUCCGCUGAGUUGCUGA